UAUUACCAUCCCUUCUCCAUAUCGGUUUCUCACUCUAUAUCAGUUUCUCACUCUAUCAUCACUCCAUAUAUCCCUCACCCUCACCCCCACCCCCUCCACCUUAAUUAUAGUUCAUCUUCACCAAUACUAAUAAUCAAGAACUCAUCGAUCAUGAGGAUCAUCGAUUAAUUUAAAUAAUUCUCGAUCGAUUGAUCGAUCAAAUCAAACAUUGAUUUUUUAUUUUGGAUUUGGCGAUGGGAAGGCCUCCUUGCUGCAACAAGAUCGGCGUGAAGAAAGGGCCAUGGACUCCCGAAGAAGACAUCAUCCUCGUCUCUUACAUUCAAGAACAUGGCCCUGGAAAUUGGAGGGCUGUUCCUACCAACACCGGAUUGCUCCGAUGCAGCAAGAGCUGCCGGCUCCGGUGGACGAACUAUCUCCGGCCGGGGAUCAAGCGCGGGAACUUCACCGAACACGAGGAGAAGAUGAUCGUCCACCUUCAGGCUCUUCUCGGCAAUCGAUGGGCCGCCAUAGCUUCGUACCUUCCUCAGAGAACUGAUAACGACAUCAAGAACUACUGGAACACUCAUCUGAAGAGGAAGCUGGGGAAGAUGGAAGGUCACUGCGAGCACGAACAAAUCUGCCAUGAAAAUGGAAGCUUUUCUGAUUCGAAUUCGAAAGGGCAGUGGGAGAGACGACUGCAGACGGACAUCCACACGGCCCGACGGGCCCUCUGCGAGGCCCUCUUUCUCUACAAGCCCGGCGAGAAUCCGUCGUCGGAAUCUGCGAUCUGCCGGAAAUCUCCGCCGGAAAACGCGCCGAUUCCGGCGCCGGCGGAAUAUGCGUCCAGCGCCGACAACAUCGCGCGCCUCUUAGAGAAUUGGAACAAGAAAUCCCCAAAAUUUUCCCCCGCCGGCUCGUCGGAGAGCCGCCGGAGCUUUUCCCGGAACAACCAGUCGGCGGCGGCGCAGAGCUCCAGCGAGGGGACAAUUGUUAGCGCGGCGUUCGUCGGCUCGAAUUCGGAGGUUUCGACCACCGCCGCGGCGGCGGAGGAUCAGAUCAGCUCCGGCGGCGGCCAUCUCCGGCGUAAGGAUGAAACCAGGUCGAAUUCUGAGACGCAAAUGCCCCUGAGCUUGCUGGAGAAAUGGCUGAUGGAAGAAGCCUCUGGGCAGGGGCAAGAUGGGGAUUUCAUAGAGAUCACUGCUGAUUUGUUCUGAAGAAGCCAUUAAUGGCGACGAAGUCUGCUUCAGCUUCUUCUUCAGAACAACUCGGCAGUUCGAUUCUCGUUUCCUUUAAUUUUUCUGCUGUUUUUUUUUUUUUGUUCUCUUUUUUGUUCUUCUUCUUCCCGUUUUAGACUGUCGAACGCUGAUCCGCCAUUAAUAUGACGCCAAUCCAUCUGCAAGAAAGAGACAGCCAAUCGAUCUUUACCUCUUCGUACAAAAACUAAGUGUAAAUUAUAGACUUUAGAGUGGUCUCAUGUUUGUACUCUCUGCAUCUUUUGGUGUACAUCCCUGAGAAAUUAUCAUUAGGGUUUUAUUACACUUUUAAU